AAAAUCUUCAAGCUUGAUUGGAAAAACCUCUCAGACAAUUCAGUAGAGAUCGGUAAUCUGGGAAAGAACGACAACACCAACGAACACGCACGGACGCCGCAAGGUUUUCCAGCAACCUUCGUCGGAAAAAUAACGCCAAACCUCAGUAUUACUUCCUAAAAUGAUAGUAGAAAGCAAAUAUAACAUCACCGUUAUUGCCAAGACAGAAGAACAGAAUGAACAGGCCAUCAGCAGACAACAGUGGAAAUAGCCAACACGUCAGCGGCGUUGGCGAUGACAAGGCAAAGCUCGCCGCGUCGGACACGCGUAAGGUCGGACAAAAGUCCGGUUUGCAUAACCUAAAUUUCGUAGAAAGUUAG